AUGUCCUACGGCACACCAGAUACUCAGAACGAUGACCCGUAUGCCGAUUACUAUAAAACGGUUGAUCCUGAUCAGGAAGCACGGGAGCUUCGGCAUAAAGUGAUGGAAUUGGAAAGAACUAUCGCCGAGUUAGCUGGUUCUAAGACAAGUAACCAUGAACUUGAUUCUAAUUCAGUUCCGACGUCAGACAAAGGGAGCAGUUCCGCUGUACCGUUGACAACAUCCAUUUUGCCUUGCAAUGACAGUGCACCGAGUAUCAGGUGGGACAAUAUCAAACCAUUCCCAAGCGGUGUCCCAGCCAACAAAAUGUGGGAAACAUGGACCAAAUAUUUCGAGAACUUUGAAAUUGCGGCAUCGUUGUCCAACGCUUGCGACCCGGUUAAACGAUCACAGCUACUGUAUCUUUCCAUCGGGGACGAACUUCAGGGAAUCGUCCGAGCGGCCAAAUUGCGUCCGGUUACGAGUGAUCCAAAUUGCUACGCAGUUUUUGUGAAAAAUAUCGAGGAAUACUUAAAAGCGCUGACGGACACUUCAGCUGAACAUGACAUGUUCUCAUCUAUGCACCAGGAAAAAGGAGAAUCGGCUAUCAAUUUUCACUCCAGGUUAAUGGAGAAAGUAUGGCUCUGUGGUUACAGCCCAUCUGACCAGGAUCGGUUUGUACGAACACAACUCCUUAAAGGGCUAAGGAAUCGCGAGCUUGCCAAGGCGGCGAGAACAUAUGGGCACGAUACAAACUUCAUUGUGCAAUCUGCGACGCGGGACGAAGCAAUGCUGCCUGAGUCUCCGACGAAUGACGAUCCUACAUCCGUCCUGGCUGUAUCCCGGAGUUUUUCCCGUGGCAACAUGCGAAAGCGUAACAACAUAAACGAGCACAAUGAAGGGUUUAGACCGAAACAGUUUAGAAGCGGUAGGUUUCCAUAUCAGCGGUUUGAAAGGUGCUCCAAAUGCAAUAGGCAGGCCCAUGUUGGCCAAAGGUGUCCAGCAACAGACCAGGAAUGUAGGUCGUGUGGUCGUCUGGGACAUUUUGCUGCAACAUGUCGUAGAAAACGAGUUAACAUUGUGGGGGACAGCCAGCAUGGAUCUGAUGUUUUUCAACCCAGUUUCUCAGAAUCAGCAAAUAAGGUUGAUGACCAAAAAGUGCAGCAAAUCAACUCGCUUUCACUUGCGGACGUGACAGUUGAUUGCUCUGUUGGCUCCUCGAGUCCAAUAAAGUUUCUGAUCGAUUCUGGCGCAGAUACGAACGUCAUUGGCGGUGAUGACUGGCAAAAGCUUGAAGUACAAUUCCGAGCAGGAGCUGCGUUGCUACAUCCUGUAGAAGUACCUCGGAGCAAAGGUUUGCGUGGUUAUGCUGCUGAUAAGCCAAUGGAAAUUGAAUUUGCCUUCAAAGCCGAGAUCCGGGCGAUCGGAUUAAAUAAACCUGCCGUCGCUGCCGAUUUUCUUGUGGUCAGACAGGGCCGCUGCUCGCUGCUUGGUAGGGACACUGCCAGUGAUAUGAAGUUGUUGAAAGUGGGGGCCAGCGUUUAUAACUGCGGACAGGCAGAGAAAACUAAACUGUUUCCUAAGAUGCCAGGAGUGAAAGUAAAGUUUUGCGUUGACAAGUCGAUUCCUCCUGAGAAAAACGCCUACUACAACGUCCCGGCUGCUUAUCGCGAAGCUGCAAAACUUCGCCUAAAAGAAAUGGAAAGCAUGGGAAUCAUCGAAAAGGUUGUAACAGCACCAGAUUGGAUCAGUGGAAUGUCUGCGGUACCGAAAGGAAAGGAAGAUUUUCGACUUGUCGUUAAUAUGCGCGCUCCAAACAGAGCAAUAAAGCGACAAUAUUAUCGGUUGCCCUUGCUCGAAGAAAUGAAAGUAAAGCUAUACGGAGCCAAAUAUUUUUCGAAACUUGACUUGUCCAACGCUUAUUAUCACCUCGAAUUAUGCAAUGAAUCACGUGACCUAACGACAUUUCUUGCUGAAGAUGGGAUGUUCCGGUUUACCCGUCUCAUGUUCGGGGUAAACUGUGCUCCCGAAAUAUUCCAGCGGGAGAUGUCACGAAUUCUGGAGGAGGUGAGUAACAAAAUCGUUUAUAUCGAUGACAUACUUCUGUUUGCUAAAUCAUUAGAAGAACUUCAUAAGACCGUUGCCCAUGUUUUACGAAUACUGAAUGCAAACAAUCUGACACUUAAUUCAUCCAAAUGUGAAUUUGAUCAAACGCGCAUACAUUUUUUGGGUCAUGUGCUAGACGAGUCUGGAUUCAACAUUGAUGAUUCGAAAAUUAAAGAUAUUAGGAAAUUCCGUUGUCCAAAUUCGACGUCAGAGUUGAGGAGUUUCUUGGGAUUGGCUUCGUUCAUCAGCCCGUAUAUAAAGAAUUUUGCCGAGAUUUCCGCCCCCCUGUGGGCCACAAUUUCCGCUAAAUCUUGGAGCUGGGGAUGUGAACAGAUAAAAGCAUUCGAACUAGUAAAAGAACGCAUUGAACACUGCACAAUAUCGCUUGGGUAUUUUUCGGAUGACGACAAAACAGUUUUGUACACCGAUGCCUCUCCAAAUGCCUUAGGAGCAGUGUUGGUUCAAGAGGACGGUAAGAAAAAUUCUAGAAUAAUAAGUUUUGCAUCAAAGGCUUUAACUUCAACGGAAAAAAGGUACGCGCAAAAUCAACGGGAGGCGUUGGCCGCUGUAUGGGCCGUCGAACAUUUUGCCUACUAUUUGUUAGGUAGACAUUUCAUCCUGCGUACUGAUGCUAAAGGUAUAACAUUUAUCCUCAAUCGAUCUCGAGAAACGGCUAAACGGGCUUUGACUAGAGCUGAUGGCUGGGCGCUUAGGUUGAGCCCCUACAGCUAUGACGUGGAAUUUAUACGUGGUUGUCUUAAUAUUGCUGAUCCUUCUUCCCGCCUUUAUGAAGGAAGGGAUGAAGCUUUUAACGAAGAUACUAGCCCAUGGGAAAUAGGUCAUCUAGAAGCGAAUGCCAUGCAAUUUUUAACUGAAGCUGAAAUAAGGGAGCACACUGCUCGUGACUGUACUCUGCAAAAGGUCUUAGAUUCUCUAGAAUCUGUUUCAAGUGGAGGAAGCUACAACGAAGAACUUCAAAAUGCAGUUCGUGCAUAUAAUGCCGGAGUACAUUCAGUUAUAAAUGUUUCGCCCGAGGAAGUGAUGAUGGGUCGGAAGAUAAAACGUGGCUUACCGUUGCUAGAACGCGGAAGAAUCGACCACAAUGAUCUGUUGAUUGAUAACAAUGAUCGCGAGGUAAAGUUGAGAGGUAAAAUUCUCGAAGAUAAGCGACGUGGUGCCAAACAAAGUGUAGUUAAACCUGGAGAUACGGUUAUCCUUGAACGUCAAACAAAAGCAAAAGGAGAUUCCAGAUUCCAUGGAAAACGUUUUACUGUUAUGAAGGAGGAGAAUGGAAUAAUGACUAUUUGUUUCAGUGUUCACCAGUUUAUUUACUUUCGAACCGCGUGUAUUUUUCUGAUUAAUACGGACUUAUUUCUUAAGUUUAUUAAACCGCGACUAGUAGUUCCCGUAGUUCAAAGAUUUCGCCCAACCGGAAGUGGGUUUCCAUCGGUGUCUAACGUUAAAAAGCAGUUCCUCCAACAAGUUCCUUACCGGUCAUCAUCUUUCCUAGUCCAGAUGGCCGAAGCCGUGGAGCAGAAGAUCGGGGAAACAAAAACGAAACAUGAGGAACGUUACCAACAAAAGCGUAAACAGUGGAACGCCAAGAACCGGUACAAUGGCUCGGUUAAGAAGCGCAAAUGGGAAGACCCACCGGAGGACCCGGAAGCUGUGAGGAAUUUCGAUCCCGCCUCGAGGGUAAAGAAACGUAAGUGUGUCAUCAUUAUGGGCUACUCUGGGGUAGAUUAUCUGGGAAUGCAGCGUAAUCCGGGAACAAAAACGAUUGAGGAAGACUUAUUGGGAGCUAUGCUGAAGCAUAGCUGGAUUAGCGAGGAAGCUUUUGGCCAGCCGCAGCAGGUUCAGUUUAUGCGAGCUGCCCGGACCGAUAAAGGAGUGUCCGCAGCUACUCAGGUUGUCUCACUAAAGCUUCCGGAAAAUAUUGAUGUAGAAGCUUUAAACAGAGAUUUGCCGGAUCAGAUUAGGGUUUUCGCAGUUAAACGAGUCACAAAGGGUUUCAAUUCUAAGAGUAACUGCGAUGCACGCACUUACACGUACACUCUUCCGACGAUAGCUUUUGCCUCACAUGGAGAAAAGCCUGAUAUCAAUAGCUAUAGAGUACCCUCAGAUAUCUUGGACAAAGUUAACGAAACGCUGAAGAUGUAUGAAGGUACAAAAAAUUAUUACAACUUCACCAGCAAAAAAGAGUUCAUUGAUCCUUCGGCAAAACGUUUCAUUAUGUCAAUUGAAUGCAGCGAACCUUUCAUACCGGAAGAAACUACAGUAGAAUUUGCGACAAUCAAAAUUAAAGGUCAAAGUUUCAUGCUUCAUCAGAUCCGUAAAAUGGUGGGUCUAAUGUUGGCCGUAGUGCGAGGCCACACGCCUUCGGAAACAAUCCUAAAAGCGUUCGAGGAGCAGCGGUACGGAAUUCCGACUGCCCCCGGAUUGGGCUUGGUUUUGAAUCGAAUCCACUAUGAGAAGUAUAACGUGCGGUUUGGAGAGGACGGUUGCCACGAGCCGCUGGAUUUUGCAGCAGAAGAGCCUAAGAUUGAGGAAUUUUUCCGACGUAAAAUCGCUUCGACGAUCGUGGAAACGGAACUGAAAACUGGAUCGAUGGCCGAAUGGUUGGACACAUUACCGUUGCAUAGUUUCGAGCCAAGGGACGAGAAUGAAGUCAGCGAGUGGAAGAGUAAACAGAAAGCGAAAUCCGACGAUGGAGAUGAUGACGGGGACGAGUGAAGUUACUUGGUUGUUGAAUACUAAAUCCAUCUAGUAUAGGUAUUAUAGAACUAAUAAAACCAUUUUG